UGCAGGGACUUCACGGCCCACACGGGCUACGAGGUGCUGCUGCAGCGGCUGCUGGACGGCAGGAAGAUGUGCAAGGACAUGGAGGAGCUGCUGAGGCAGAGGGCCCAGGCGGAGGAGCGGUACGGAAAGGAGCUGGUGCAGAUCGCCCGGAAGGCAGGCGGCCAGACGGAGAUCCACUCCCUGAGGGCCUCCUUUGAUUCCUUGAAGCAGCAGAUGGAGAACGUGGGCAGCUCACACAUCCAGCUAGCCCUGACCCUGCGCGAGGAGCUGCGGAGCCUCGAGGAGUUCCGCGAGAGGCAGAAGGAGCAGAGGAAGAAGUACGAGGCCAUCAUGGACCGUGUCCAGAAGAGCAAGCUGUCGCUCUACAAGAAGGCCAUGGAGUCCAAGAAGACAUAUGAGCAGAAGUGCCGAGACGCAGAUGACGCUGAGCAGGCCUUUGAGCGCAUUAGCACCAAUGGCCAACAGAAGCAGGUGGAGAAGAGCCAGAACAAAGCCAAGCAGUGCAAGGACUCGGCCACGGAGGCAGAGCGGGUGUACAAGCAAAACAUCGAGCAGCUGGAGAAGGUGCGGGGCGAGUGGGAGCAGGAGCACCGGACCACCUGUGAGGCCUUCCAGCUGCAAGAGUUUGACAGGCUGACCAUUCUCCGCAACUCUCUGUGGGUGCACUGCAAUCAGCUGUCUAUGCAGUGCGUCAAGGACGAUGAGCUCUACGAAGAAGUGCGGCUGACGCUGGAAGGCUGCAGCAUAGAUGCCGACAUCGACGGCUUCAUCCAGGCCAAGAGCACGGGCACCGAGCCCCCAGCUCCGGUGCCCUACCAGAACUACUACGACCGAGAGGUCACCUUGUCUUCCGGAAGCCCUGGCAUACAGCCAUCCUGUGGCAUGAUAAAGAGGUUCUCCGGGCUGCUGCAUGGAAAUCCCAAGACCGCACCGUUGGCAACUCCUGCUGCCUCCACAGAGACCCUGACCCCCGCCCCCGAGCGGAAUGAGGGCGUCUACGCGGCCAUCGCAGCGCAGGAGACGCCGGGAAAGCCCUCGGCGCCCGCCCGGGACUACCGCGCGCUCUAUGACUACACGGCGCAGAAUUCUGACGAGCUAGACAUCUCUGCGGGGGACGUCUUGGAGGUCAUCCUGGAAGGGGAGGAUGGUUGGUGGACAGUGGAACGGAAUGGGCAGCGUGGCUUUGUCCCUGGGUCCUACCUGGAGAAGCUCUGAAGAAGGGACAGCAGCCCCCACCUGGACCUGCCUGGCCUGUGGAGCCAGCAGUGCCCCACCACCAACCAGGCCUUGCUGGGGCACCAGAACUGAGCCUGCCGCCCCCUCUUACCCUCCGGGAUGGGAUGGGUGGUGGUUGCUCCCAGAGGAGCCUUUCCCCUAGGGAAUAAAAGUGCAUACUUUUCUCCCUGG